AUGCUACCCACACCACCACCCUCGCCGGUGCCCCGACGCUAUGCGCCCGAAGAUCGCCUAGGACUCGUAUUAGCCAACCGGCUGGAACUCACCAGAGUCCUGGGCGUCGGAGCCUAUGGCGUCGUUUACACCGCCGUGGACAUUCACACCAACGAGGUCUAUGCCGUCAAGGUUCUCUGCAAGGAUGGUCUGGAUGCCCGCCAACUCAAGUUCCAGCAGCGCGAGAUCAGACUCCACCACCUGGCCAGCCAACACCGCAAUGUGGUUCCCUUGGUUCGCAUCAUGGAUUCCGUGGAUUGUACCUACGUCGUUAUGGAAUAUUGCCCAGAAGGAGACCUGUUCUCAAACAUCACCGAUAAGGGAAACUUUGUCGGCAAUGACUUUUUGGCCAAGAGUGUGUUCCUCCAGAUCCUGGACGCUGUACAAUUUUGCCAUACGCUGGGAAUCUACCACCGGGACCUCAAGCCGGAGAAUGUCCUGGUGACCGAAAAUGGAAUGACCGUCAAGCUUGCCGACUUUGGCCUGGCCACGACUGAUUAUUAUACGACCGACUUUGGAUGUGGUUCCACCUUCUACAUGUCACCUGAAUGCCAACAAGCCAACGCUCGACCCUUGUCCUGCUACAUGUCCGCUGCCAACGACGUCUGGAGUCUGGGCGUGAUUCUGGUCAAUCUAACCUGCGGUCGCAAUCCAUGGAAACGUGCCUCGAUUGAGGAUUCCACAUUCCAGGCCUACCUCAAGGACCCCUUCUUCCUGAAAACUAUUUUGCCUCUCUCCUCCGAGAUGGUUAGUAUUCUCAGCCGUGUCUUUGAGAUUGACCCAAUGAAGCGGAUCUCCAUCCCAGAGCUGCGCCAGCUCAUUCUGGAGUGCCCCCGUUUCACGGAGAAUCCCAUGGUCCCAACCCCCUGGGUGCCGGAGCAGAUCGACUACAUUCCCCAGCCCCAGAUGCCAUUGUUCAUGGCCCCCAUGGAACCCCUGUAUGCCCAGACCUCAGGCUCGUCCUUGGACUCCGCGCAAUACUCGGCCUUCUCCCAGUCUGCUGCUUCCGUCGGUUCGGCCAUCACCGAGGAUUACUCGGAUUUCGAUACCAUGUCGCCUGCAGUCUCGCAGCAGAUCCCCGAUUACAAGGGCUUCCCUUCUGUCUGCGCGGAACCCUUCUUUCCCGCGGAUCCCUUUUCUUACGGCCUCAUGCACCCUAACCUCCAGGGCCUCGAGAUCUCCGUCUAA